AUGGAUUUUGAUAUCAUCCCUUACGAAGACAUUCAGUGGGGUCCAAGGCUCGGAGCUGGAUCUUUCGGAUCAGUCUACAAAGGAUCAUAUUUAGGAAUAAAUAUCGCAAUUAAGGAGGUCUUACCGUCUACUGAAUAUGAUGUGCACAAGUACUUCGAAAGAGAAUGGCGUAUAAUGAGAGAAUGUAGACAUCCUAACAUAGUACUGUUUCUCGGAUUAUCGAAAGCGCCAGGAGAUGACGGGAGAGUAUUCAUCAUAUCUGAAUUCGUACCUCGGGGAAACUUGCGCCAAUAUAUCUUAUCGCCCCAUCCUUUUCCUUGGAGAUUGAGAUUAUCGUUCGCGACCGAUGUUGCCAGAGCCGUAGCUUAUCUUCAUGCUAGGCAAUGCAUUCACCGUGAUCUGAAAGGAGAGAAUCUGCUGAUCACCUCAAACGAAAGAGUCAAAGUCACAGAUUUUGGAUUCGCUCGUAUCGCAUCUCGCAAUGCGGAAGAAAUGAGAAGAAUGACAUAUUGUGGAACUGACGGAUACAUGAGUCCGGAAAUUAUCAAUGGUUUGGAAUUCGAUUUGCCGACAGAUGUGUUUAGUUUGGGUAUCAUCUUUAUCGAGAUCAUGUCUAGAAAGCUAGUUGACUCGAAGACAUACACUCGCCAAGCACCUCAUUUCGUUCCUGAUACAUCUGAGAUUCAACGUCGAGCAUCUCCAGGAUGUCCGCAAGCUCUGAUUUCCUUGGCAUUAUCAUGCACUCAAGAAGACCCUUUAGCGAGACCUAAGAUGUCAGAAGUGUUAAUCGCAUUGAGAGAUAUUGAAUUGGAAGUACUAUCAAGAUUAGAUGAUCCAUCUUCUGAACAUGUCGGAUCUAUAAGAUUGGUUCAUAGAGGUGGGAAGAGGGCUAUGCCAAUAUUUGAUGGAGGCGACAUAACGUCUUCGGACGAAAAUGAACAUGAACAAGAGAAAGAAAGAAAAGAUGAAGAAGAGGUUUUGAGGAAAUUAGCAGAAAUUCAUUUAGAUAUAAAUGGUAAUGGACCAAGUACAUUAUCAAAUUCUGACUUUACCUCUACUUCACGUCAUACUGCAGUAUCUGAAACUGAUGACGAUGAUGAUGAUGAUGAAAAAUGGAGAACUGCAAGAUGGAAUGAUUUAGGUUUUGGUGAUUUGAAAAAUAGCAUAAUGACUUUCAGAACUGCCAGUACUGAUAUAAAAGGUCAUGAACCAUUACUUCAACCUUCAGACAGUGGAUCUUCGUUCGGUUCAACAGAUGAUCGGGAUCAGGAAUACUCAAGUUUCCUUAAUUCUGGUGAUGAGCGAGUUAUGACUGCCUCGGUAUUAAGAGCUGCUAGUCCACCUCUAGAAGAUGACGUAGGUUCAAAAAUGACUAUCAGGGGGACAGACACGGCAGUUGCACCUAUCCCAAGCACUGAAGAUGGAAGUGAGCCUCGAUUCGAAUCCGAUACGCUAUCCUCGCCAGUCAAAACCCCGGAUAACUUUGUUCCACCGAGCACGAAUGAAACGAGUCUUCCUGGCCCAGCUCCCAGUCCUCUCAUGCGAAAAGAUCAGCAGCUUCCUCUGCCAACGGAGACGUCAUCAAAUCCUGAAUCGAAAUCAUGUGACGUGACAACGAGGGCAAAAGCAAAGUCACUGGCGACUCACAGAUUUACCUUGGUCGAAAGAGAUAAUGUCCCUCUGAUCAAUGGUAAAAAAGCCCUUUCCUCAAACUUUACUUCAACGUUCGCGUUCGCUUUCUUACCUAAAUCAUUAACAUCUUCGUCUUCUUCAACUUCAACUUCACCAAGCAAAAACGAUUCCACUCCUUCUCAAAGCAAGUGCGCUGUUUGUUCAAAAAGAAUGGGUGGUAGAGCAGGUCUACAAUGUGAUGAUUGUCACUUGAUCGUUCACGUCAAAUGUUCGCAUAAUGCUCCUAGGAAUUGUACCGGUGGUGAUGGCAAGAUUCACUAG